CGCUCCCGCGGCCAUGGCGCGGCGGGAGCGGGGCUGAGGGAGCCGCCAUGGCCGCCGCGCUGAGGGCCGCGCUCUGCAGCGGGCUCCUGCUCUGCGUGUCUGGGAUGGUCCCAAAGCCCCGAAAUGCCAGAAUUACCUCAGUCAAUCUGCACAGCAUCUUGCAGUGGGAUGCACCAAGGUUCCCCCAAGGGAACAUCACCUACACUGUCCGAUCCAAGAGCAUCAACUUCCCUGGGGACACCUAUGACACGCUGAGGACGGGGCUGAGGCGGCCCGAGUGGGACGUGUCCUCGCUGUCGGCGUACGGCGACUACGUCCUGCAGCUGCGGGCAGAGGCAGGGCAGCUGCACUCCCCCUGGGUCACCCUCAGCUUCAAACCCAUGGAUGACACCGUCGUCGGCCCCCCCGAGGUGAGGCUGAAGUCGGAGUCCGGCGCCCUGCACGUGGAUUUCUCGGGGCCCUUUGCUGAGCACGAGCAGGGCAGGUGGCCCCUGAGGCAGUACUACGGCUCCUGGAAUUACAGGAUCCUCUACUGGAAGAAUGGCAGCGCGCACGCGGACCUGGCCUCCGCUCCCCGGGUAUCUCAGGUGGACACCAAACACAACUCUGAGAUCCUCUCCCAGCUGGAGCCUUGGACAGUUUAUUGUGUCCGAGUGCAGGCGGUGAUUCCCGAGUGGAACAAGACGGGGGAGCUGAGCAGGGAGCUCUGCGAGCAGACGACCCACAAUGGUGUAACUCCUGUGUGGAUAACUGUGACUGUCCUGGUGGGAUCCAUGCUGGUCACGGUCACAGUUGUCACCGUUUGUUUCUUCUCCAGUUUUUAUCUGUACAGACUCGCCAAACACAUUUUCUGCCCUGCCUACAUUUUCCCACAACACUUGAAAGAGUUUUUGAGCAAACCCGCCGGUGCUCCCCAGCCUUUCCCUCCGCUUCCACAAGAACUGGUUUGUGACAGGCUGACUGUGAUUUCAGAGCUGUCCCAAAGCCUCAGUGAAGGGAGUGAGGAGGAGGCCAGCAGGGCUCCAGAGCACCCCCAGGACUCUGCACGAGGAGACUCCGACUCGGGAGUGGGAGCAGCCUCGGGAGAAGCCUGAGUGUCCUCCUCAUUCUGCCUUGGAAAAGGGGAAGCAAAUGGACUUUUGGGUUUAUCUCAUCGCUGCAUCCUCCAGCAGGAGAAAUCCACAGACAAACACGUGGUCACAGGCUUUUGGCAGAAUCAUUUUAUUUUUAAGUACAAGAAACUUGGCUCUAAAUGAGGAAUUUAAAUGAUCCAUAACUUCUGUUGGUUGUGGCUCCCUGAGGAGUUGUAGCAAUCCUGGCACUGAUUAUGACUUUAAAAAGCAAAUGUCAUAUUUAUAUGUAACACUAAUUAAUUUUACUUUGAUGUACUAUUUAUUGCAAAAACGAAUCAAAAUGUUUAUAAAAGAAAAUAGUAUUUUGUGAGGAAAGGCCUGAUCUGGUUUAUUUUUUCCUAAUGAGAAAUGAUGUGUUUUUAAGGAUGUCCCCACGGGCAUCAUCUUUCUAUGGAAUUUCUUCUUCCCUGCCGCAAAAUUGUGAAGUUUUUAGGGUGGGAUGAACUGAUGUCUGUGGGGAAACUUGGCAGCUGAAGUGGGAGUUAAAUUAGGCUCAUUUUAAUUAUCUACUGAUGUGUAAUUUAAGUUUUUUUAAAUUAACUUUCAAAAUCCAGGGAGCUGUGACUCCCUAAUCCAAAUCCAGCUUCAUUGCCCAGGUAAAGGCUGGAUCCAGCACUGGGGCAGGAGUGGGACCUUUGCACGGGGCAGUGACUGGGUUUGUGAGUUAUUGCAUCAAAGUGAGAGUGAGAAAUGGAAUUCUGUCACCACAAGGAA